GACACCCAAUCUUCAAACACCGCGCCUAAUACGUGGUUCACACUCGCUAUUUACAGCAAAGCUAUUGCUAAAGAUUGCCUGAUCCGCAGAACUAUGUCACGGUUUCUUACUUAUCUGUUCAUCGUGACAUGUGUAAUUCAUUGCAUCACCGCUUCUUGCCAUCGUUACAGAUGUUGCCCACCUUGGCUUCUUCAGAACAGCAGCUGUUAUCUGUUCAUCCCUAACAUGAAGAAGAGCUUUCUGGAAGCGGAGACAUUCUGUCAAAAUUACUCCACCUCACAGAGGUCUGCACACUUGAUAUCAGUGACGAGCGAAGAGGAGAAUUUAUUCUUGAAAAGCUACGUGGCCAAGGUUCUCGGGCCGAGAUAUUUGCCGUACUACCUGUGGAUCGGCUACAAUGAUAUCGAAGUUAGCGGUACCUUCGUUUGGACCGAUGGAGCUACAGGGAGCUAUCAAGAUUUCGCUGAUGAUGAGCAACCCAACGCUUACCCAAAUGAAGACUGUGUAGCGUUGAACAAGUUGCAGAAAUGGGGGGAUCUACAGUGCCGAUAUCAGUACGAAUUUGUUUGCAAGAAGCCGGCAGGGUUUUAUUAAGAUUUACCAUGAGUUUGGGGACCUAUGCGUUCUCUAUUAUGUAGUCUUUGAUGACUUAGCCUACUUGAUUUCCUCGUGAGGGCAAAUUUGAUAGUUAGCAUCGAUGUGUUCAAUUAUAUAUAGAAGGAAAGUUAAAUUGAUUCUGCUUAUGAUUAUCAUUUCAAUUAUGAAAUACAUCCUUUGUUAUAAAACGGUUAUACACAAAAUGUAUUAUACAAUACAGUGGCAUAUAGCGAAUGUAAGUUUCCUGUUUAGGAAUGUUUCGGUGGUCAAAUUUUCUGACUGACUUUGUCAAUUUCAGUGUUCGUUAAACGUUAGAUCAUCGGGUUAUACUUGACAAAAUAGAGAGAAACCCCAAGAACGCAGUCUCAUUAAUAAAAUGUAACUUAAAGGCAGUGGACACUAUUGGUAACUACUCA